ACUGUUUUGGCUACAGCUGCACCUCUUCUUGCGUGUACUAUGGGACAUUAGAGCGAGCUGUCAUGAAGAAGCAGAGAGUGGAAAUGUCUCCUGAGCAAGAUGCUCUGACUCACAUAGUCGAUUGUAGAGACAAACCCUUCCUGGAGGAAAGAUUUAUUGACUCAUUCAAAGGGAGAGGUGUAUUCACCAGAGAAAACAUUGAACCAUCCACAUUUGUUGUUGAAUUUCGGGGGAAGAUUUCUCGCAAAGACACAAAGUCAAAAUGUGGUGAUACUCUGAACAAUUACGUGUUUGAGUUUUCAUGGAUAGGAACACAGUGGUGCAUCGAUGCCUCGAAAGAGGACAGGAGCCUUGGACGACUUGUGAAUGACGACCACAUAAGUCCCAACUGCGAAAUGAAGAAAAUUAUGUGUGAGGGAAAACCACACUUGUGCCUGUUUGCUACGACAGAAAUAUCUCCAGGAGAGGAGAUAACUUAUAACUAUGGUGACUCCGCUUACCCGUGGCGAUCAGGGGCAUCACAUGAGGGAUCGAGUACUUCAUGCUUACCUCUUUAUGCUUCUUCAUCAACACCAAGGAAUGGACAGCUUGAGGACUCGUCAGCCUCCAGCUCUGAGAGUUCCUGCUCUGAUGCUGAUUGUGAUGAUGAAGAUGAUGACAAUCCACCUGACAGUGGAGCGAGUCGUCGCAGUGACAGUUUUGCCGACAUCAACACCCAGCUGGAUCUCGGAGACAGUUCACCUUUUGCAGAUUUAGAUUAUUCUCAAGAGACGGGGACCUGUAUGAUGCAGCAAGAUGAUGCUUCUGGCAUUCAGCAGGAGGGCGAGGCGUCGUCCAGCCCUGGUCAACCCAGCGUGGAUGGAGACUCCAACCCCGGGACGCCUAAAGAAAAACCCAAUAUAAAUUAUUGUUAUGUUUGCGGGAAGGGUGUUGUUAAAAUUUUUCGUCAUCUUUCAAAGCAUGCUGCUGAAGAGCCUGAAAUCGCCAAAGCUUUUGCAUUACCCAUAACCUCCAAGGAACGAAAAAAGUUAAUCGAUGAAUUACGUAAAAGGGGAAACUACAAACAUAAUCAAGAGGUAUUGAAGAACAACAGUGGAGAGUUGAAACUGAGCAGACGGCCGCAAAUGGGGGAGAUCAGUGCUAAAACCUGCAUGCACUGUAUACAUUGUAAAGGCAUGUAUUUACGUAAGGACUUGUGGAGGCAUGUGGCCAGAUGUCCUUUAAGGAAAACGGCAAACUCUACAGAAGGGGGCAAAACAAAAGUCAUAAGCGAGAUGACUCUUGCAGAGUCCCCGUACUCCAAAAAUCUUCCAUCGGAUGUGCAGAAGUUGCUCAUAAAUAUGAGACCAGAUGAAGUUACUUUUGCAGUUUAUAACGAUUUCCUUCUAAUACAGCUUGCACAAUAUCUGUCCGAGGAGGUCGGAAAUGAUCCAAGUAAACAUGACAUCAUCAGGCAGAAGCUGCGAGAAAUGGGAAGACUUUUGUUGGCGCUGUAUGAGAAGUCGAUAUUUAGCUUCGAAGAUGCCACCAAACCCAAAAACUUUCCCAAAGUUGUCGAGGCUAUCAAAGACGUUGCUGGUUUUGAUGAAAAGACGCAGAGCUAUAAAAAAACAAAACUUGUUGAGAGAAUGGGAUAUUCACUGAAAAAAAUUUGCAACAUUGUCCUUAAAGGAGUUAAUGGCAAAGAGCAGAUGAGUGACGCAAAGACAUUCAUGGAACUGUACGUAAAAGAAUGGUCCAAACUCAUCUCAGAAACAACCCUCGCUGUGCAGAAAAGAAAAAAAUUAGACAGCCCAGCUACGAUACCAUUCACACGUGAUGUGCAGGUGUUCUAUAAGUACCUGGAAACAACAUCAGCCUCUGGCAUGGACAGCCUGAAGAGGUAUGAAAGCCCACAGGUCUACAGUUCGCUCUGCAGAGUGACACUUGCACAAGCGUCCGUCUUAAGCAAAUGCGCAGGUGAUGUUUCAAAAAUGACACUGAGGACAUUCCAGGAGAGAGACGUCUCCACCCAAGUGUUGUCCAAACACUUCAUCAGGAUAAAUAUUCAGGGCAGGAGUGGCCAAAAUGUCGCUGUCUUGCUGACCUCUGAACUUGUCAGCGCGAUAAAACUGCUUGUGAGCAAGAGAGAAGCCUGUGGCGUGCACAAAGACAAUCCUUUCCUGUUUGCAAAGCCAGACUCUUUUCCCACGAGCUUCUUCCAAGGAGCGCAUUGCAUCAGAGUUUUUUCAGAUCGGAGUCGCGCAAAUAACCCAGAGUAUCUCAGGUCAGUGGAUCUUCAGAAGCACAUUGCAAGAAUCUUCCAGAUUCUCAACCUGGAGAACGACGAGCUCAGUCACCUCGCUAAGCUGCUGGGUCAUGACAUCCGGACGGACAGGGACUAUUAUCGGCUGCCAGAGGCGGCCUUGGAACUCGCAAAGAUAGCAAAACUUCUUCGGGCAACAGAAAAGGGCUCUCUGGAAAAAUUCAAAGGAAACUCUCUGGAUGAAAUUGAGGUUGAAGAUGAAUUGAAUCCAGAUGAGGAGCAGGUCAACCCUAAAGGCAGUGAUGAUGAGGAGGAGGUGGACGAUGAAGAGUCAGAUCCUUCACCUCAGCGGAGCGAUGCUGCGGAAGAACAAAACAGUCAGCUGACACCUGAGGAAGACGCCCUGCAGCACAUAAAGACCUGCAGAGACAAACCCUUCCUGAAGGAAAAGUCUAUAGACCUUGUUAAAGGGAAAGGCGUGUUUACCAAAAAAGCCAUUGAACCAUCCGCCUUCGUCAUUGAGUAUCGUGGGAACAUCUUUUCUCGGACAGAGACCAGGAAGAAGAAGCGUGGCGAUACUCUGAACAAGUAUGUGUUUGACUUCUCGUGGAAUGGAACCAACUGGCGCAUUGAUGCUUCGGAAGAUGACGGGACUCUCGGGAGACUCGUGAACGAUGAUCACGAAAGUCCCAACUGCGAAAUGAAGAAAAUCGUCUUUGAGGGAAAACCACACUUGUGUCUGUUUGCAGUAAAGAAAAUAUCCGCGGGCGAGGAGAUAACUUUUAACUAUGGGGACGCCUCUUACCCAUGGCGCUCAAAGAAAUCCAACAAGGGACGGGACACAUCACAGUCAAACCAGAAUGAUGCUGCAUCUUCAGCAGAGGAUGAAAGUGAUGAGGACUUGGGAGGACCCUCCAGUUCUGAAGCGUCCUGCUGUGAUGAAGACUACAAACCUCCUACGGGCAAAGACGAGGAACCCAAUGAUGCCUCGUCCGGCCAGCAAGAGGACGAUAUAGAGGACGCCUCCGAUAACGUGUCCUCAGAUGAAGAGUUCAAAGGCACCUCAUACACCAAAAGAAAUUACUGCUUUGUUUGUGGGAAAGCCCAGUCCAAAAUUUCCCGUCAUCUUCUGACGCAUAGAAAUGAAGAUCCUGAUAUAGCCGAAGUGUUAAAACUUCGCAAAAACUCUAAAGAGCGGAAAGCGCUGCUGGAGAAGUUACGAGACAGAGGAAACUACAAACAUAAUCAAGAGGUUUGGCAGAAACGUAGCGGAGAACUGAAGGUGAACAGACGGUAUGUAAAGGAACCCACCAACGCUAAAACAUUUGCACCCUGUCUGUUCUGUAAAGGCAUGUACCAUCGUAAGGCGAUGUGGCAGCACUUAAAAAAGUGUGACGCAAAGAAGCGCGCACAACCUUCAUCGGAAAGCAAGACUAAAGUCUUAACUCUGGUUGCUGUUGCAGAGUCAACAGACCCCGAAAAUAUGUCAUCAGAGGUGAUGGAGUUAUUAAACGCACUGAAGAAGGAUGAUAUCUCAUCUGAAGUCCUGAAUGAUGCUUUGUUAUUGCAGCUGGCCCAGUAUUUGUCCCACAAGAGUGAGAGAAAAAAAAAAAGAGUGGGGGAUAUCAAAGGGCAGCUGAGGGGGAUGGGACGCCUCCUGUUAAUAUUAAAGAAAAAGUCCAUAUCUAGCUUUGAAGAGGCUAUAAAACUUGAAAACUUCAGCACACUUGCAGAAGCAGUGAGAGAACUCUCUGGCUUCACCGAGGAGACAAAGUCCUGCGGCAGGUCGAGUUUAAAGAUAAAAUUGGGAAAUACGCUGAAGAGAAUCGGUGAUGUUAACUUGGCCAGAGUUGUGAAGGAGGGUGCUGAGAGAGAGAGGAUACAUGAAGCAGAGAGGUUUAUCGAGCUGUGUCGGAAAGAAUGGACCAACGCUGCUUCAGAGGUCAACACCCUGCAGACUCUACCGUUCAUACAUGACGUGCAGCGUUUCUAUCGGUGCAUGGAGCAGACAGCAACUUCUGCGGCAAAAAGUCUGGCGAUGUACGCAAGCUCUCCUGUCUACUAUGCUCUUCUCCAAGUGACGUUUGCACAAUUGACAGUGUUUAACAAAAAUAUGGUCGAAGUUUCUAAAGUAACGCUCAAGUCGUUCAAGGAACGGGACGAGACAGAGCUGCAGAAGGACCCAGAUGAGAGCCAGUCACAGUUGGAGCAAAUUCUAUCAAAGGACAUCGUGACGAUCAACGUUAUGAGCGACGGCAGAAAAAAAGUUGCCUUGACGUUGACAUCUAACGUCCUCAGUGCACUAACACUGCUCGUGGACAAGAGAGAAGCUUGUGGUGUACAUGAAAAUAAUCCCUUCUUGUUUGCAAAACCCGACGCCUCAAGUACAGGCUACCUCCAAAGAAACCGCUGCUGCUCAAUUUUUACAACCCGCGCCGGUGUUAAGAACGUACAGAACCUCCGGUCUGCGUUGUUUCAAAAGCAUGUUGUAAGACUUUUUCAGAUUCUCGACCUCACCAAAGACGACCUUGAACAGCUAGCCAAAGUGUUGGGUCCUUCCAUUAAGACGAACAGAGAUUAUUAUCUGACGCCAGAGGCAGCGGGCAGCAUUGCAAAAAUCUUAGAGCUCCUGAUAGCGAUGGAGAAAGGGUCUCUUGAAAGAUUCGAAGGGAAAUCUCUGGAGGAAAUUGAGAUUUCAGGUGAACUGGAGCCAGAUGUGGAGCAGGACGAACCCGAAAACAGUGAUAAAGAGGAAUCAGAAAGUUCUCAUCUGAGCGAAAAAGGCUCGUCUUCGGCAAAAAAGAAACUCGACAGAGUUUCUGUCCCGAAGAGAAAAAGAGGACGACCAAGGAAGCAGAAGACCGAGAACGAGCCGUCUGAGGUGAACGAAGAGAAGGACGACCAGUCAGAGGAAGAGCCUGAAAGCUGUGAUGUCAAAACACCUAAGAGACGUGCGUCUCGUAAGAUCGAGGACACUACAAGAAUGUCUUUCAGUGAUGACGAUGAGGACAUGAACGUGGACUUUGACAUGGACAUAGACACCGAUGACGAUGUCAGGAAUGAGGAAAGUGAAAGAGAGCCACCAAAGCUCAACGAUGAGAGAAAUGAAGAGGUGAACGCAGAGAAAGACGACCGCUCAGAGAAAUUUCCUGCGAGCUGUAGUGUCAAAAAACCUACCGAAACACUGUCUCAUAAGAACGAUGUCACUACAAGAAUGUCUUUCAGUGAUUAUGACGAGGACAUGAACGUGGACUUUGACAUAGACAUUGACACCGAUGACGAUGACGAUGUCAGGAAUGAGGAAAAUGAUGAAGGCAGCGACACAAAUGUCUCACCGCCUUUGAUGCCACAUGUGAAAAAGCAAGCCAACAAACACACCAGUGAAAAGAAAAUGGACAUCGAUGCAGAGGACCACGUGGAGACAGAAGAUCAAAACAAAAAACGGGAGAAAAAUAACCGGAGGGAUGCAGAUGGCAGGAAUUCCUCUGACAUCGUAAAUGCAGAAAAGAAAAACAAACUAUCAGCUGAAGUGCCCAGAAUGAAAGAAGUGAAGAUAUUAAUCACAAAACUGGACAUUGAAAAGUUUAAGCAUCCAGUCCAUAUUUCCCAGGUACCAUCUGAGUGUAAAUCUGUGAAGUCGGUGGAAGACCCGCCCCCCCAAAACACCAACCAGCAUCAAACAUCCUCUUCAUCCACAGACACCAAAGAGAAGCCCAGAGAUGCAAAGGAGACGCUGAUGAACUGCUCCCACUGCAAGAAGAGCAUGGUGAAGGGCCACACAGCUUACCAGAAGAAGGGAUUCACAGACGUCUUCUGCUCCAGAGACUGCCUCUUCCAGAUGUUUCCCAUCAACAAACCAGUCGCCAAGACGUGUCAUCACUGUCGCAAGGCGAUCUUGCAGCCUCUGGACCUCAUCAUGGCUGCAGUGGACAUUAAGGGAACUAUGAAGGACUUCUGCAGUCCAACCUGCCUUUUGUCUUUUAAGUCCAUCAGUGUGUCCAACAGAACACCACAGCAGCAGUCCUGCAGCAUGUGCAACAAAUCCUGCAAAACCACAUACAUGUGGAGCCUCAACAAGGCUGUCGUCACGUUCUGCAGCGACACCUGCUUCAAAGAUUUCCGCAGGCACUCGUCCGUCUGUGAGAACUGCAGCUACACCAGCCUCAAAUCACUGAAGCUGAAGCUGGAGGAGGAGACCAAAAGCAUCUGCAGUCAAAAUUGUCUGAGAAUGUUCAAAGAGAGAAUCAGGAAGCACCAACAGUGCGCCAUGUGCCAAGUUUCUCGACCAAUUUCAAAAAUGAUUGAUUGUGAAACCGAGGAGAACGUGGUGAAGCUUUUCUGCCACAGAAACUGUGUGACGUCAUACAAACUCCAGCCUGCAUGUGUAUGGGUGCCUCAAGAAGAGACAAGCUCAGAUUGGUCGAAAAAGGGGGGAAGAGGCAAACAGUCGAAACAAGUACUGAAUGCUGUAAAGACAAUGACAGACUUCACUGCUGACAGAAACGAUACAGCUGCUGCAUCGGACACCACACCGUUACUCAUCAUUGCAGAUUCACAUUCAAGUGUUGUCUGUUGCAACUGUGCAAAGACUCUGCAAAAAGGAGAGACGGUAUACAAGCUGAAAAGCUCGCGGGAGUUUUUUUGCUCAGCCGAAUGUCUCUCUGAAAGGGAACCUGACAUCAAAAUAGUCACAAAAACCUGCUACAACUGCCUCCAGGUGAUAACGAGACCUCACAACAUCAUCUUGGCUCCGGUGGAUGAUUCAGGAACUGUGAAGGAGCUGUGCAGCUCCACCUGCCUCGCUUCUGUCAACUCCAAGAGGAGCAUGGCGGCCCCCAAACCCCCGCCUCCAAUGGGACCUCGGUCAGAGUGCAGGAUGUGCUCCAAAUUUUGCAACUGCAAAUUUAAGGUGACCCUGGAUGGCGUGCCUCAUAGAAUCUGCAGCGACGCCUGCUACAUCACCUACCACAGGAUCAACAAGCUGCCGGUGUUUAUUUGUGACGUCUGCGGCUCCAUCAGCCCCGACAAACGCUUCAACCUGGGGACGGAGGAGGACUGUAAGAUCAUCUGCAGUGAAGAAUGUCUGGUCAAAUUCAAAGAGGAAAUCGACUCGCCUCUGCUGUGCCCCAUGUGCCAGACGCCCCAUCAGCUGUCAGACAUGGUUGAAAACAAAAACGAACAGGGCAAGCUGGACUUCUUCUGUAGCAACAGGUGCAUGAUGGUACACAAGGCUCAGUCUUCCACCGUCGCAGGAAAGUACGGCCCAUCACCUGAAGAGAGGGACAUCAAUGACGUGAAGCCAUCACUUAAAGAAGAGUGUGAAAUAAAAGAAGUGAAGCCGUCACUCGAAUCCGGUGACAUCAAAGAAGUGAAGCCAUUGCUGCCAUAUUUGGACUGUAUUAAAGAAGAGCCCAUGGAUGAGGGGUACAGCCCGAAUUUCUCAUCCUCCAUUUCCACAGACGGCAUCAAGGAUGAACCAAAGGCGGGAGAUGAUGUGACCAAGGAGGACUUGAGGAUCGGUUCAGUCUUCUCUUUAACUGACUCGUCCACGUGUUCGUCUCCAGCGCCCACUCUCGCCCACAUGGAUUCGCCCGCAUCGUGCUCCAACUGCAAACAGGUCCUGGUAGACGGGAAGACGGUUUACCAGAGGAAGGGCCACGCUGACAUCUUCUGCUCCUCUCCCUGCCUUUUGAAGUUUUACCAAAUGAAAAAAGUGAAGAAAACCUGCCACUUCUGCCUUCAGUUGAUAGGACAGCCUCAGAGCGUCCUCCAGGCCCCGGUGGAUGAUAAGGGGACAAAGAAGGAUUUCUGCAGCCAGGCCUGCCUGUCCUCCUUCAACUACAAGAGAAGCCUGUCCACCAAAAUGCCCGUCGUGCCAGUCCCAUCUCAGUCACAGUGCAGCAUGUGCAGCAGAUACUGCAUUAGCAAACAUGAGAUCAUCCAGCAGGACGUCGUCCACAAGAUCUGCAGCGAUCCCUGUUUUCUGCGUUUCUGCAACAUGAACAACUUGUCCAUCUGUGAGAACUGUCACUCCCGCUGCAACACGCCUCUCAUGCUCAGGAUGGAGAACGGCAGCAAAAAACUCUGCAAUGCCGAGUGUUUGGCUCAAUUCAAACAGAAAAUCAAAACGCCGCAGCUGUGUGCCAUGUGCCGCACCCUGCAUUUGCUGUCAGAUAUGCUUGAAAACAAAAACAGUGACGAUGAGGUGGAGCUCUUCUGCACCAGCAGCUGUGUGAUGGCGUCCAAGAUCCAGGCUAUCAGUGCAUCAGGUACUCCGUUGAGUUGUGACCGCUGCGGUAAGACUACGUUACCAGCCUGCCACCUCGCCAUGUCAGACGCCUCCAUCGGAAACUUUUGCACUUUAGCCUGUGCCAUGUCUUUUAAGGAGAGUCAAAAAGACACAAAUGGUAACUCAUCAGGAGCUGCUGAGGAAACCCGGCAAGAUGAACUUUUUUGUAACUGGGACUGUUUGCAAGAGUUUAAGAAGGUCAACAACAUCAUGGGACAGUGUGAAUACUGUAAGAAUGAAAAAAUCAUCGGAGACGUCAAGAAGGUCGACGGCAAAGACUGCUACUUCUGCAGUGAAGGCUGUCUGACGCUCUUUCGACACGAGCUGGAAGACAAGUGGAGCGAAUACUGCGGCUCGUGUGCUUACUGCUUCUCCAUCUCUAAGAAAGUGGUGACGGCAAAGUAUGAAGCCAUUGAGGAGGAGUUCUGCUCCGAGGAGUGCAGCUCAAAUUAUAAUAAGCUCGUCUGCAGUGUUGCCAGCUGUGACCUCUGUGGUCGAAAUGGUAAACUGAGGCAACGUUUCCCCAUGCUGGGAGAGGUUAAACACUUCUGUGACCUCAGAUGUCUCCUUCAUUUCUGCAACAAAAAGGUCCAGAUGGUCAAAACAGACUCUUCACCUCCCAGACCCUCCGGCACAGUGGAGUCCUCCCCUGUCAUCGCUAAUGUGAUCUCACUUGCUGAUGCUUUGGCCAGGCGCUCCAGAUCCUCUGAGAGCCAUGCACAGUCUGUUUCUGCCACAGAAAUUCAAACAAAGGUUGUUGGACAUGCCAGUAUUCAAACAGUCCCCAUAGAGCUGAAGAACAAGUCCAUGCUCUGCACACCGUUGGUCCACAACAAAGGAGUCUCCUGUACGACAAAGACGGUCGACUCGGAGGCUCAGACAGACAACUGUGGACCCAGCGUCCUGCCUAUUCCAGUGCCGGUGUACGUCCCUCUGCCGAUGAACAUGUACAGCCAGUACACACCGACGCCUGUGGGCCUGCCCUUACCGCUUCCUGUGCCCGUGUUCCUCUCCGACCCGACGGGGAAAUCCAAAGACGAGAGGAUCCAGCCCGACCUGUUGGAGGAAGAGUCUGAGAGGAAGAAAACACAAGAUGAGAGGAACGAGAGAGAGGACAGAGUGGUGACAGAAGAGGGACAAAGACAAGAAACUCACCCUUCAAAGGAUCACAGCGGUAACUGUGGCAAAGACUUGGGGUCAGAUCAUCAGGACACUUUCAACAGACGGGAGGACUCCUCCUCGGACAACAGCGGCGGGUCGCUCAGUCCACAACACAACCACAAAAAACGUCCUCGGGUUUUAGAGGCAGACACGACCAGAGACACUCAGCCUGAGCUCCCACCUCCACCUCCUCCUCCUCCUGCUCCUCCUGCUCCUCUGGAGAGAGGAGGGGAUCCCCAAAGCUCACCGAGCCCAGAAUCAGCCUCUCCACUGUCACAAACCGAGAGGAAAGUCCACAACAAGAACAAGGUUCGUAAACUGCAUCAGUCGUCCAAAACAGCUAAAGAGGAGACAUCUCACAGACGCUCCUCCAAGGUCAGCUAUCGGAAACACCGCAAACUGAGGAGUCAAACAGGAAUUGACGCUUGGAAGAGAUGGAUACAGUGGAGGGAAUCACAAAACGACCUGGACUCUGUUUCUUCUCUUGCCGUGACGUUAAAGGAGGAUGUUCUCCGCUGCUCUGCGGUGGAGCUGAGCAACAACCUCUGUUGUUUCAUUACUGAGGUGAAGCGACCUGAUGGAGCGCCUUACUCCCCCCACAGCCUCUUCUACCUCUGUCUCAGCAUACAGCAGCACCUUUUUGAUAACGGCCGUAUGGAGAACAUAUUCAGCGAUGUGAUCUAUGAGAAAUUCUCCACAAAGUUCACCAAAAUCCUGAAAGCUUUCAAACCCAAAAUCACAGCCAGCGGUCGUAUCCAUUCCCGCGUGGAGGAGGAGUUACUGUGGGACUGUAAACAGCUGGGGGCGUACUCCCCCAUCGUCCUCCUCAGCACUCUGCUCUUCUUCUGCUGCAAGUAUUUAGGUUUCACCACGGUGGAGCAGCACCGCCGGCUGUCCUUCGCCCUCAUCAGGCGCCGCACCAGAACCAACGAGAACAACACCAAGACCAAAUUCCUGCGCUUCUACCCAACAACGCCCGUGAACACGGCGGAGUCAGACGCAGACGGCGUCCCGGCUAAGAAGCGGAAAAAAUCUGAGAGUAAAGAGGGAUCUGUGGAAAUGAUGGAGAACACGGAGAACCCUCUUCGCUGUCCAGUCAGACUCUACGAGUUCUACCUGUCCAAGUGCUCAGAGUCGGUGAGGCGGCGCACCGACUUGUUCUACCUUCGCCCAGACCGCUCUUGCGUUCCCAACAGCCCUCGCUGGUUCUCCUCCUCGCCUCUGGACAGCAGCACCAUGGAGGCGUUGCUCGUACGAAUCCUCGCCGUCCGAGACCUGCGGGGGGGAGACAGAAGAGCUGAGGAGCAGCAGGCGACAGGUGACACACGGUUUACACCUGAGGAGCAGGAGUCAGAAUGAUGAAGGGAACGUAGAGCACAUAUCACUGUUUUUUUAAGAAAACUUCUGUUGAAUUUGGGCAUCAGGUUGCAUGUCAGAAUAUGUGAAUUAAACUUAAAACUCAAACAGAAUUAUAAACCACAGAAAGACCUUUUUUUCAUCAUGUCAUCUGCAAUUUUAAUUUAGUUUAAUUACAUCUUUUAUUACUUAAAUCUCUCUGCAGCCUGAAGUCAUUUUUUUUUAAAAAAACAUCACAACCAGCCUUUUUUCCAAACUAUUUCAGUCUGUUGGACUGCUGCACGGUGUAGCUGCUAUUUCAGGGGUUUGGUUUCACAAAGACAGACUCGUGUAGUGACAGACAUCUAACUUCAUCUUUUGCACAAAGCUGUUUAGCUCUCGAACGGUACAAAUUUGCCAAAAAUUCUGGUUGAAUUAAAACUGAAAAACAUGGCUGAUGUAACAACUGCAUCAAACAGCUCAGCUCCCUUCACUUCAGCAGCCUUCUAAAAAAUUCAACAGCUAGAAGACUGGAAAAAUCCAGCCAUUUGUGCUCCAGUACAAAGAACUUCCAGCAGUAAAAUGCUGCGUUCAGAUGGGAUCAGGGAGCCAGUCGACGGCAAUCUGGGUGUCAUUUUACUAGACCAGAGCAGGAUGGUGAAACUGGGUGAUGGAGAACAACAGAAAACAGUACUGUGAUCCAAAGUUACAAUAUUGAAACCUUUUGCCGUCCUCCGCUUUGAAAUUUAUGACGUUUUCCUGUCACACAAGAUGAAAACAUGACAAACCUGGACAUUACGAUAAUAUUCACAUAAAAUAAUAAACACAAAAUAAUCUAAUUUAAUAGAUUUUAUUUCAGUCUUUGUAAACAAUUUGGCAUCACCAUUGUAACGUAUCGUCACGUGUGUUUCUUUUUACCGUCCUGCCAUCCCGUCGGACUUUUGGUUUUUCUUGCGCCGCCCAGAAAGUGAUGUCUGUGUGCCGCCGACCGUCCGCCUGAUCCAUGUGAACGCAGCAAAACGUCUCAACACGCUGCAGAGCCGAGUUUAUGCUGCAGCACUCAGUAACUUCUCAUUACUCGCUCAAAAACAUUGUUUACAAACCUCAGAUUCUGAGCCGCGUUAAAAUGUUUCUGUGAAACCAGCCUCUGAUUUUUUCAAUCUUAAAAGAUAAAAGUUUACAUUAAGUGUCGAUUUUACUGUUCGUCAAGGCUUUGAUUUUUUUUUUGUCUCUCUUAAAGCAGUUGGAUGUUGAUACUUUCAGCUGUUUAGAUUUAGUUAUCUUUUAAAUAAAUAACACUUUUGAAAAGUGAUCCAUUUGUUUUAUUAUCAUGCGAAUCAACAAAAUGAGAAAAAGACCAAAAAGGGUUACCGUUAUGUUCAAUUUGAUAUACUCCCAUUUUUUUGUAAAUGCCUUAAAGUGAAAAUUAUAAAUGAAUAAAUAAAUAAGUAAGUAAGUUAGUUACCUAAUUUUUACAGGUGACCCGAGCUGCUGGAUAAAAAAUUAAGAUCAGUAAAAACACUCGGGGCGCUUAACCGCUGUUUGAAAUGCCCGAAUUUUUCCUCAUCACUUUCUAAAGACAUAAUUUGUUUAAAAUGUUUUUAAAAACAGCACGCACAAAGAUAAAAUUGUUAACUCAGAAAUAAAAAUGCACUGAGAAAGUUUUAUUUGCACAGUAAGAAAACAUACAGCGUAAUGUAAAAACAGAUUAAAAACGUUUAAUCGGAGUUUCCUGCUCAGCUCCUACAAAAAGUCUAAAUACACUGUGUGAACAAAACUGUCAGGUUCAUACGGUUAAGUGCAAAAAUGUACCAUUAAAACCCAUUCAAAGUUUUCAAUCCUAAAGCCAUCAAAGUGUAAAAACAUGCA